AUGGAACUGCGCAUGUUGGGAUACGAUGUGUCGAGUGGCGCCGCGCUGGCGACGCGCGACGCGGACGAACAUUCGAGACCGCUCGCGUCCGCGGCGCCGGACGAUGGGGACGGCGUGGAGACGUCGUCAUCGCGCGUGCGGGCGGCGGAUGCGAUCCUGAGGCGGUUGGUGUCGGAGCUGCGAGAGGACGUCGAGGCUUCGGCGGAGACGAAGGACGACGCGGAAGAUGCGUGGAAACCGAGUGGGGAGGAUUGGAACGCACCACCCGCGUUUUUGCUAGCGGAUGGUGCGGCGACGAGCGCGCGAGGGAUGCGGGAGAAGUACCCAGAAUUAUUCGCGGCGGACGCUCGAGCGUUGGGCGAUGUGUAA